UGCCGGAAGUGGUCGCCGUCGCCCGAGUAGGAGGCACAGCUCGCAGAGCCGUCCGAAGCAGGACAAGACAACAGAAAGACUUCGGAGGAAAAUACAUUAUAUAAAGGGACCCGCUGUGACUCAAUGAAUGAUGAGCGUCCCAGACUACAUGCAGUGUGCGGAGGACCACCAGACUGUCCUGGUGGUGGUGCAGCCCGUGGGCAUGGUGCCGGAGGACCAUUUCUUUCGCAUCUACAAACGCAUCAUUAGCGUCAACCAGGUCAGCAUCCGUGACUCCCAGAGGCUCCUGUAUAUCCGCUACCGGCACCACUAUCCACCGGAGAAUAACGACUGGGGCGACUUUCAGACGCACCGCAAGGUGGUCGGCCUCAUCGCUGUGACGACGUGCAGUUCGGCCAAAGAGUGGCCCCAGACCUUCGACCGCUUCCAUGGGCAGAGGGAGGUAUUCGGGGCCACUCUGUACGACUCGCGCCUGCUGGUGUUUGGCCUGCAGGGUGAGAUCGCAGAGCAGAGCCGCACCGAUGUGGCCUUCUACCCCAGCUUCGACAGGUGCGAGGAUGUUGAAAAGAGGGUGGAGGACUUUGUGGAAUCUAUUUUCAUUGUGCUUGAGUCCAAGAGGCUUGACAGGGCCACCGACAAAUCGGGGGACAAAAUCCCUCUGCUUUGCGUUCCCUUUGAGAAGAAAGACUUCGUUGGGCUGGACACUGAUAGCAGGCACUACAAGAAACGCUGCCAGGGCCGCAUGCGAAAGCAUGUAGGGGACCUGUGUCUGCAGGCGGGCAUGCUGCAGGAUGCGCUGGUCCACUACCACAUGGCUGUGGAGCUGCUACGCUCAGUCAAUGACUUCCUGUGGCUGGGGGCUGCUCUGGAAGGCCUGUGCUCCGCCUCUGUGAUCUACCACUACCCAGGGGGCACAGCGGGCAAGUCCAGCGGGAGAAAGCCCAGCAUCUCCCAGGCCGCUGAUGCAGGCAAGAGGCACCGGCCAGGGGCUCAGGAGGUUCUCAUUGACCCAGGCGCUCUCACCACCAACGGGAUCAGCGCCGACACCAGCAGUGAGAUCGGCCGAACCAAGAACUGCCUAAGUCCGGAAGACAUCAUUGAGAAGUAUAAGGAGGCCAUUUCCUACUAUGGCAAGUACAAAAAUGCGGGUGUUAUUGAGCUGGAAGCUUGUGUGAAGGCCGUGCGAGUUCUGGCUAUUCAGAAACGGGCAAUGGAAGCCUCCGAGUUCCUGCAGAAUGCAGUCUACAUCAACCUGGGCCAGCUUUCAGAGGAGGAGAAGAUCCAGCGCUACAGCAUCCUUUCUGAGCUCUAUGAGCUCAUCGGUUUCCACCGCAAGUCUGCGUUUUUCAAGCGUGUGGCGGCCAUGCAAUGUGUGGCACCCACCAUCUCUGAGCCAGGCUGGAGGGCUUGCUACAAGCUGUUGCUGGAAACGCUACCUGGUUACAGCCUGUCGCUGGACCCCAAGGAUUUCUGCAAAGGCACCCAUCGGGGUUGGGCGGCUGUGCAGAUGCGACUCCUUCACGAAUUGGUGUACGCUUCGCGACGCAUGGGCAACCCCGGCCUGUCAGUGCGACACCUAUCCUUCCUACUGCAGACCAUGCUGGACUUCCUAUCUGACCAAGAAAAAAAGGAAGUCACCCAGAGCUUGGAGAACUACACCUCCAAGUGUCCCGGAGGAAUGGAGAUCAUCACACUGCCAGAUGGACUCAAGCUGCCUCCUGUGCCCUUCACCAAGCUUCCCAUCGUUAAGUCAGUGAAGCUUCUGAACCUGCCAGUAAGCCUGCGGCCCCAUAAAGUAAAGGGUCUCCUUGGACAGAAUGUAACCACCAAAAGCCCCUUCAUUUACUCUCCCAUCAUCAUGCACAGCCGCGGGGAGGAGCGCUGCAAAAAGAUAGAUUUUCAGUGGGUACAGGGUGAUGUGUGUGAAGUCCAGCUGAUGGUGUACAACCCCAUGCCUUUUGAGCUUCGAGUUGAAAACAUGGGCCUUCUGACGUCAGGGGUGGAGUUUGAAUCCCUGCCGGCAGCCCUUUCCCUGCCUGCGGAAUCUGGCUUGUAUCCAGUCACGCUGGUAGGGGUCCCGCGCACAGCAGGGAGCAUCACGGUCAAUGGCUACCACACCUCUGUGUUCGGAGUGACCAGUGAUUGCCUGCUGGACAAUCUACCGGGGCUCAAGACCAGCGGCUGUGCCGUGGAGGUGGUGCCAGCCCUUCCUCGCCUCCAGCUCAGCACCUCCUUGCCUCGGUCUGCUCACAGCCUCAUGCCCCCCUCGGGAGAGGAGCUGUCCAAUAGCGUGUCAGUUCAACUCUUCAACGGGGAAACUCAGCAACUCUUCAUCACACUGGAGAACAUUGGCACCGAACUCCUGGAGACCCUUGAGGUCACCUACAAGAUGGUCAACACUAAAGAGAAGAUCUUUGGAGAGUUUCUGAGCUGGGACCUACAGGGCCCCCUCUCUCAGCUGCCAUUGAAACCAAGCCAGACGGUCACCAUCGCAGUCGACAUCAGAGUCAAGCUGGAUUUCUCAGGCCAGGAGAAUCUGUUGCAGGACCUCAAUGAUGAUGGGAUCAGCAUCACAGGCUUGCCCAUCUCCAGCCCGCUCAGACAAGUGCUCAAACCGCGAGCAGAGAACAAGCCCAUCAGUGCCGAGGCCAACAAGACUGAGUACAACCAUAUCAAGACGCUGGAGGCCAUCUUGCACUUCAAGUACUCCGGGGGCCUGGGACAAAUGCAGGGUUACUACCGCGAGCUGCUGCUCGGUGUGCACGUGGACGUGGAGCCGUCCGUCUUCUUCACCCGCGUCAGCGCCCUCCCGGCCACCAGUACCCGUCAGUGCCACCUGCUGCUGGACGUGUUCAACUCCACAGAACAUGAGCUGACCGUGAGCGCCCGCAACAACCAGGACGUGGUGCUCCAUGCUAGCGAGUGUCAGAGGAUGGCCAUCCAGGUGGACAAGUUGGACGUGGACAGCCUGCCAGAGCCGGACGAGGAGACACUACGCUUUGCCAGCCCUCGACAGCUGGAGGAAGAGCGACAGCAGGUUCAGGGCUACCAGGUCAACAGCAAACUGGGUAUCACCUGGAGCAUCCCAUCUCUGCGGCGGAAGGGAGAGGCCAGCGUGGAGGGCGUUCUCAACCAGCUGGUCCUGGAGCACUUGCAGCUGGCCCCGCUGCAAUGGGAUGUGCUGGUCAACGGAAAGGCCUGCGACUGCGACAUGGUGGCCGACUGCAGGGUUGGAGACACGGUGCCCCUGGAGGUGAAGCUCACCAACCGCAGCAAGAAUGCGGUCGGCCCUUUCGCGCUCACCGUCGUCCUCUUCCAGGACUACCAGAACGGCGUCCACAACUACGACUUGCAGGACGCUGUCACCUUCAUCGGUUCCAACACGUUCCACAUCGACACGGUCAACCCGGCAGAAAACCGUAUCUGUGUCGGCGCUCUGCUUUUCCUUUACACCGGAGACUUCUACUUGAACAUCAAGUUUCAGGAUGACAGCUGCAGUCGCGAGCUCCCCUUGGCUUGGUUCUGCCUACCAAAUGUCCAUAUUAAAGCUCUUGACCCCGGUUAUUAGGCAAACAUCCAUGAGCCUGGAUCCCACAUGCAGUUUUUUCCAGGGACUGAUCUCUCUCACCUGUGGAAGACCCGCCUGGUCCCAGUUGAAAUGCCCCACGCGCAGGUGACCCUGUUUUCACCCUGAGGACUCUGGGUGAACAUGUCAGUAUCACAGAUUCUUAUGUAAAUAGGUUUCUAUCAGCUACUCUACUUAUGUAUGAAGGGUGGUGAUGAAGCUUAACACAACUUUAUAAAUGGUUUAGCUGCAUGCGGUUCAACUUUUUUGACUUGUUAAAUUGCUCAGUUGCGGUAAUUCAGUUCCACACAACGGUCACCAUGUACAGAAUUUAAAAUUAGAUAUCAUCCUGUUUGCACACGCCUUCCUCACUUCUCAGCUUUUUAAGUAGAUCUGUGCCCCACUCUGCAGAACGGAUCCCAGCAGCUCUGGAGACGCCAUCAAGCUGUGUAAUAACUAUUUUUCCACCACAACGUAACUAAAUGCUUAAAUAUUCAGUGACCUUGUAAUCGAGCUUUUAGGUGUUAUACUGUCGGCCUCCGUCUCAAACUUUUCUCUUUCAGCUGUGCACAGCUGGACUAGUGAGAACUGUUGUGUUCAUCACUCUGGAUAUAAAUUGUUUUGUGCGUUUAAAUGCUGGGGAAGGAUGUCCCCGUUUGGCCGCUGUGUCAGAAACAGUCAUCCACAGUGAAGUGGAUCUUUAUUUCAUUUGGAGUGUUCUGCCAAAUGCUUUGAACGCAAGCGCAUAUGGGCUUGUGGGUGUCUCUGCACUUUGUCUAAAGGGAACCGAAGAUAAAAAGUUUGGUGUCAGUUUCAGGAUACAACCCUAGGAUUGGCGAAGUCCCCCUUCGACACGCUAACCCUGGCUCCCCUGACCUCCGGUGUGUCCGAAGCAACCGAACAGGCUGCGGAGAUUCGGUCCCUCUGGCUGAGGGAUGUGACUCACACCAAACUUGUCCCAGAACCCAAGGUGUGUGAGCGUGAACAUCCUAGGCAGCUUGUGAGGCUAAAGCUCAAGUUCUUUGGCUAGGGCAGGAAAAGAUCAUAAUUAUAUCCUGUAAAAGAAAAUUCCAUGUUUGUUUCCCUUUGUUUUGUUACUUCUUAAAAUACCUGCAUUUUUGUAAAUAAUAAAUGUCAC